AUGGUGCUGCUGAAAAUCAAAUUUGACCAGAAGAAGCGGAUCAAGUUGGCCCAAGGGCUCUGGCUCAUGAACUGGCUCUCCGUGUUGGCCGGCAUAGUCAUCUUCAGCCUAGGGCUGUUCCUGAAGAUCGAACUUCGGAAGAGGAGCGAUGUGAUGAGUAAUUCAGAGAGCCAUUUUGUGCCCAACUCCUUGAUAGGAGUGGGGGUACUGUCCUGUGUCUUCAACUCACUGGCUGGCAAGAUCUGCUAUGAUGCCCUGGACCCUGCCAAGUAUGCCAAGUGGAAGCCCUGGCUGAAGCCAUACCUGGUCGUCUGCAUCCUUUUCAACAGUGUCCUCUUCCUGGUGGCCCUCUGCUGCUUCCUCAUGCGAGGCUCCCUGGAGAGUACCCUGGCCCAUGGGCUCAAGGACGGCAUGAAGUACUACCGGGACACAGACACCCCCGGCAGGUGUUUCAUGAAGAAGACCAUCGACAUGCUGCAGAUUGAGUUCAAAUGCUGUGGAAACAACGGCUUUCGGGACUGGUUUGAGAUUCAGUGGAUCAGCAAUCGCUACCUGGACUUUUCCUCCAAAGAAGUCAAAGAUCGCAUCAAGAGCAACGUGGAUGGGCGGUACCUGGUGGAUGGUGUCCCCUUCAGCUGCUGCAACCCCAGCUCACCGCGGCCCUGCAUCCAGUACCAGCUCACCAACAACUCAGCACACUACAGCUAUGACCACCAGACAGAGGAACUCAACUUGUGGGUGCGAGGCUGCAGGGCCGCCCUGCUGAGCUACUACAGCAGCCUCAUGAACUCCAUGGGUGCUGUCACGCUCCUUGUCUGGCUCUUUGAGGUGACCAUCACAAUUGGGCUGCGCUACCUACACACGGCACUGGAAAGCGUGUCCAACCCUGAGGAGCCCGAGUGCGAGAGUGAGGGCUGGCUGCUGGAAAAGAGUGUGCCGGAGACCUGGAAGGCCUUCCUGGAGAGCUUGAAAAGGCUCGGCAAAAGUAACCAGGUGGAAGCCGAGGGCGCAGGCGCGGGCCAGGCUCCAGAGGCUGGCUGA